AUGUCGACCGCAGUGGCUUCCGUGGCUCUGUCCUCACCGCAUCCACAUCGCAACCCCAGUCCGCGCAACUUACCGGGUCCAAGUGCUUCAAAUUCAUCUCCCCGAAUGUCCACAAGUCCCCGAGAUGGCGCAGCCGCGAAGGGCUCUCCGACCGGAAAGAAAGGUCCCACGUCUCCAUCCCAAGGAGGCCCGAGAAUCACAGUGAAAAAGGAACCCGGAUCCCCGCCGCGCAUGCAGAGUCGCCCUCGUCCUCGGAAAUUGGAUCUCUCGACCAGCCUCCCCUCCUCCAGCGGUUUGACUGUGCGUCCUCCGGGAGGGCCCAUGACAGCUCGCGAUGGUGUGACGAUGCAAGAUGUCGGCCUGGCGUGCCUAUCACCGGGAUUCCAGACCCACGAUCCCAUCAUGCGGGAGCAGCUGCAGCGCAGCCUUUCCGUACGGGAUCAGCAACGAUCGAUAAUUGAACAGCGCAUGCAGAGAUCGGCCAAGGAUGAUGGUCCGGAUGGGAUCAAGCCAUCGGAGUCGGGACUCAUGGGCAUGCCCAAGGGAAUCUCCAAACGACGACCGCCAGGCCUGUCGAUUGUUCCUCCGUCCGCCUCCCAGUUCGCAAAUGAGCGGGUGAUCCAAUCCGCGCCGCUACACCAGACUUUCACUGGUCGCUAUCAGCCGCAGCCACUGACUCGCCAUGUGGUCAACCAGAGUCCGACUUUGGGUUCGACCUCGCAUAUGCAUCAAUUGCCAGCCACUCAGACCAACAACCGUCUCCCUCCUCUCUCCGAUGUCUUCGGGUCGGAUGCCUUGGGUCGCGACCGGGAUUCAGGCCCCGCUAAUAUCCACCUGAACGCAUCCAGCACGAACUCCUCGCAAUCCAAUACUUUGGCGCCGAUGCCCUCUCCCGGUCUUCCUCCCAGUGUUUCCCACACCCCUAACCGACCCCGUGAAUACCGCUCGGCCGAGGAAGCCGUACAGGAGAUGUCUGGCGGACGGGAGGAACUCCUGCCACGCAUCGUGCAUUAUGGUGGCCAUCAACCUCCCACUCCACCAUCGCCUCAGAUUCUCCACGCAGGUCCCAAGACUGCCCCAAUGGCUCCGGAGCCUCCACCGGCCCCGGGUGCGCCCCCAGCACAUGGCAUGUAUCUUCCCACAGAUGUCGCCGGACGCCGACGCCCUCGAAGCGAGUACGAACGUGACAACGGAAGCCCACCGCUGGGCAAUGGUCCAGACUCCCACUAUCGGCCCAACCCAGCUUCCACGGCGGGGCCUCAGACAACCUUCCCGGGACCGUUUGGUGCAGGACGAGACUCGCCUGAGACAACGCAGAGAAAGAAAGACGAGUUCCUGGGUCUCUGCGCUCGCGCAUGGGACCUUUUCCACUCGUGA